AAUAUCGCUAUCCGAAGCGCAUUCGAUUACCCUAUAUUUGGUGACAUGUCAUCGGGACAACAGUCCCUAGUCCUGUAUUGAUACUCCACAGCCCAUAUAUACAAAGUUCUUCAACCUUGUCCCCAACGCCAUCCCCUUCUGUUGCCUCUUUGUGAGGACCAGCCAACAUGGCAACUGAAUGGUCGCUUGACUUCUGCCUUGCUUGUGACCGUCAGACCCUAGGGGAACCAUAUUGCUCCCAAGCCUGCAGGCUGGCUGAGCUGGAUACCGUCUCGAAGGAGGCGACAGCACCUCAUGCGAUCGUGUGUCCACAACCAACUAGGCCCCCCAGACAAGCUGGGCGUUCUGUGACCGGAUCUUUCGUAACAACGGGAACGGCGCCGGCGGGAUCACCUGGUUCCCAAUACCCCAAAAGGGUACUAUCGCCAUCUUCUUCGCAGACAUCACUGUCGUCGGUCAAGAGCAGCUCAUCACGGUCCUUCGUGGUAGCAAGUCAAUUCAAAAACGAGCUACGGGAUUAUGCAUGCAGCUUCGACCACGUCCGUGACUUGAAAAGACGUUUCGCAUCUUAGCGCCCUAUGAUUACAGCCCUCAUAGACAUCUAUUCCCGAGAUCUAUUCUCCAUGAGCACCAUUGUAUCGAAGCAAUGGUGGCUAUUGUGGACAAAACCCACGGACCCCUCGCACUUCAGC